AUGAAAGAGCUGGAUAACGAGUAUUCACGACUCAAAAUAUCCGGGUUGUCGGCAGCCGAAGUCGUGUCGGAUAACCAAAUCAAUGCAGGGCUCGGCGAAGUUCACGAUAGGCUUCACCGUGGGAAGCUUCACGAGCUUCCCACGGUGAAGCCUAUCCGGAUCAUGGGCUCCGCCGAGUUGGACCAGUAUAAUACAGUGGCCGAGAAGCUCAAAGACUCGAAGGGGGUAACGGACCUGGUCAAGAUCAUCAAGACGAUCCAUGACGAGUUGAAGGUUGCCAAGCCCGCAGUGAUGCCGUUUGUCGUGCUGGAGAACUCGUCGGGCACUGGCAAGACGCAGAUGGCGUUCAACCUCCAGGCCACUGGCGAGUGCGUCGUCUUCCACGUGCUGUGUAGGAGCCAAGGGGAGGUCCGCCAACCUGUGUAUGACGCCUUUAUAAAGCGGUCGGAAGUGUUCCUCAGCUGCAUCGAGACAGAUGCGGAGAAGUUGAAAGCGGGCUCGAUUGCUGAUUUUCUCGGAGCACAAAGUCUACUGGUCUACGGUUUUAUCAGUGCAGCGCUCCGGGGAAUGGAUGAGUUGUCGGGGUUGGAAGCCACGAGAGAAGACGUACAACGCGUUCUCGCUAUGAAGACAGGCAAGCCUUUCGUCUUCUUCCUCGACGAAUUUACUCGUGUUGACAAUCUGGGGAAAGGUGAAAUGGAUCAGAGAAAGAAACGCAUUCGGAUGAUGAGGAACGUUUUUCGAUCCUUUCAUAUUAUCGUGGUGAUCAGUGCCACAAGU